AUGCAUUCCUCUUCUAUCCUCUUAGGCCUAUGCCUUUCAACCUCAGCAUCAGCUCUGUUCGGUUCUAGUAGUGGCCUCGGCGGCAGCAGUCGUCUUGGGACUGGUACUAUGGGCGCUGGUGGUCUUGGUGGUGGUCUAGGUGGCGGUCUAGGUGCUAGUACUAUGGGUAGUACUAUGGGUAGUACUAUGGGUGCUAGUAGCGGCCUAGGUGCUGGUCUUGGUGCAACUGCAGCUGCUAGUAGUGGUACAGGCGCCUGCGUUGGAGCCGGCGCCGUACAUAUGAUAGUGGCUCGAGCGAGUACCGAACCCGCAGGAGAAGGCAUAAUUGGCUCCGUAGCCACCAAAGUCAAAGCCGCGCUCCCAGGUUCCGACUCAGAAGCAGUCGUAUAUCCAGCUACACUCGGUCAAUAUCAGAGCUCACAAGCAGCUGGUGUAACGGCCAUGACGAAACUCGUGCAGGAUUACGCUGCGAGAUGUCCCGAUUCUAAGAUGGCCGUUAUGGGAUACUCUCAGGGCGCGCACGUUUCAGCUGAUGUCAUGUGUGGCUCUUCGGGAAUGGGAGCCAUGGGAGCUACUGGUGGUAGUCCAGCUUUGUCUGCGGAUGUUGCUGGUAAAGUCGUCGCAAUGGUUCUAAUGGGCGAUCCAACCCAUGUACCCGAAGAAACAUUCAACGCAGGAACAUCAAAGAAAAACGGACUGUUUCCCCGUAAAGAUAUAUCUAGUUGUCCAGCCGAAAAAUCAAUUUCAUACUGCGACACCGGCGACACAUUCUGCGACUCAGGCAUGUCCGUCCAAGUACAUCUCUCAUAUGUCACGACCUACGGUACGGCAGCAGCCAAAUUCAUCACAGAUAAAGUUUCCGGUCAAGCUACUACUUCCACACCUGCUGCACCUGCCACUGGGGAUAAUAAAACAGCAAAAGCCGCCUCACCAUUCAGUGGUGCGGGCUUCGGUUUCAAACCCAAGCGCGAUAGUAUUAGUGGUGCUGCGAACUUGAAGAGUGGUGCUGGAUGGAGCAUGGUGAUUGCUUCUGUGGGGUUGGGAUUAUUGUUGUAG